CGAUUUCUCGCUCUAUCAAGAAACGCGUCUGAAAAUUUUCCAAAGAAAGUGACGCGUCCUUCCGGCUACCAAAAAACCCUUUCUUGGAGAUAUUCACAAAAAGGGUCUCAGGAUUUUCCCGAGAAAGUGAUAUUUUUCUGGGUAAUUUCAUAUAUUUUGUUUCGUAGUAAUACUGUAAUAGGACAAUGUGGACCAGAGACAAGAACUUCGGCACAAGAGGCUUCUCGACGCCGCCUGCGACAUGGAAGACGGCGCCGCCAACCCCUCCGGCGGUGCCGAUGUCAGAGAGGAAGAGAAUGUCGCCUUCGGACAAAGAUGAUCUUUUUCGCGUUGUGCAUAAAGUACCUGCCGGCGAUUCUCCCUACGUCAGAGCCAAACAAGUUCAGUUGAUAGACAAGGAUCCAGGCAAAGCCAUAUCCCUCUUCUGGGCAGCUAUAAAUGCCGGGGAUCGAGUUGAUAGUGCCUUGAAAGACAUGGCAGUUGUGAUGAAACAAUUGGAUCGAGCGGAGGAGGCUAUUGAAGCUAUCAAAUCUUUUCGUCAUCUCUGCCCGUAUGAUUCUCAGGAAUCUCUUAACAAUGUGUUAGUUGAACUGUACAAGAGGUCAGGAAGGAUUGAAGAAGAGAUUGAAUUGCUCGAGUCCAAAUUGAAACACAUUGACGAAGGUAUAGCUUUUUGUGGAAGGAGGACAAAGACUGCAAGAGCUCAGGGGAGGAAGGUUCAAAUUACUGUUGAACAAGAGAGAGCAAGAAUACUAGGGAACUUGGCCUGGGCUUACUUGCAGAAAGGUGAUUACAAAACUGCCGAAGAGUAUUACUUGAAAGCUCUGUCAUUGGAACCGGAUAAGAACAAGCAAUGCAAUUUAGCAAUCUGCUUGAUGCACAUGAACAGAUUUACAGAAGCAAAACAUCUGCUUCAAGUUGUAAGAGAUUCAUCUGGAAGUAAACCAAUGGAUGAAUCUUAUGCCAAGUCUUUUGAGCGUGCUUAUCAAAUGCUGACCGAACUAGAGGCACAAUCAGUUUUAAGACCAAUUCAACAGGAUGGAAGAUCUUACAUGUUCUCCAGAAGGCGGGAAGAUGGACGCAAAGAAGAGAAUCUAUCUGUUGAUCAAUGGAAGAAAGAUCGUUAUUUCAAAAACCUGUGUGAGAGCAGGUCUAGUUUUUCCAGCAGAAUGAAGGAUAAUCAGGGUGGUACAGUGGGAGCAGAAACAACUCCAAAUGCAAAGACAUAUUUUUCUCCAGCUCCUGCUAUAUGGGAUCCGGAAGUUCAAUUUUCACAACCAAGAAGAUCUCCUUGGGGAUUUAAUGGUGGACAUCCGAGGAGGGAACUCUCAUUUGACCGAUGUCUAAAAACAGAAAACGUGCGAGCACAUGCUGUUCAAAGUCUCAUUGAAGAUUUGCCAGCUUCAACUGUUGGAAAGUCAGAAGUCGCAGUUCACAACUCGGUGUCUAGUUUGUCUUCACCAAUUAGCAGAGAUUUGAGGAGGCCCCAAGGAGGUGUAGCAGCACGAUCUGUUCUGCAACCUAUGUCAAGUGGAAAUUGGAAGGAUACCUCUCGGGUGAGUGAUGGCUGUUUCCAACUGAAAGAUAAAGAAACUGUGGUCAGUUCUUCCAAGAAUACUGUGAACGGAGACUGGAGAAAGGCCAGCUGGGAAAACGGCGGUAUCAAGAAAUCUGCAGAACCACAAAUGGCAGGUGAAAAUGCAAAAGCACUGGAUAUUGUCAUUGAUGGAGGUCAGAAUCAGAGCUCUGAUACAACUGUUUUAGGCAGCAUGGAACGGAUUGUUGUGGAAGGCUGCUUCCGAGAGAACAGUUCUGGUGAAAUAGAUGAGGUCCAGCAACCCGUAGCAGAAAAUCAAAAGCAGGGUCCUGAUCUUUCAAUGUACAGUUGUGGUAAGAAAAGUUGGGCAGAUAUGGCUGAAGAAGAAGAACAAGAGUUGUUUAAUGGAAGCACCGAAUACUUUGACUUUAACAAUGAAAACCUGAACUGUAACAUACCCUCUGAAAGUCCUUGUCUGCAAGCACAAGUGAAAAGUCUGGGCUCAAAGCUUGAAUCAGUUGAUCUUAAAGACAAAAAUGUUAUAUCCGGAAAUGCUGGUUCACCAAGGAAUUCUGCAGUGCGCCGUUCUUUGCAAUUUGAUCGGCAGCAGAAUCGAGAAUCAGUAGAUUACAUCAGUUCAUCAUCCCCAGUUCCCAAGGCGGGCAGGAGAAAAAGGUUGCAGAGUUUCCAGGACAUAACUGAAUUUCAGGAUAGUCCAUGAGGAAUCAGAACCAGUCUUAUAUAGCAGUACUUGGGGGAUUUUUGGAAAUUUUUUCAGUCUCUUGUUUCCAUCUCAGUGUGAUAUUUUUGCUUCAAGAUUUGUGUAUGUAAAAGGGGUUUUUUUGAUACAAAGUAUGAAGAAAGGAAGGUAUCAAUAA